GCCCCGCUGUCCCCGGCACCUGGCACAGGGAUUCCCGUGGGAAGCGGCGAUGUCGGACAGAGGUGGCAGCAUGGACGGCAGGACAGACAUCGUCAACGGCAGCCUGUCCAGCAGCCCCGAGGACAUGUCAGCCGAGGAGGGCCGCGAGACGUCCUCGGGCAUCGAGGUGGAGGCGUCCGACCUGAGCCUGAGCCUGACGGGCGACGACGCCGGGGCCGCGCGGGGCCGCGCCAGCGACAGCGACAGCUCCGGCGACAAGGACAGCGACAGCAUGGACGACACGGGCCACUACUCCAUCCCCGAGGAGCCGCGGCACGACGAGGACGACGAGGACGAGGAGGAGGACGAGGAGGAGCCGCGAGCCCGGCGCAGGGCCCCCCGCAAGCGGCCGCCGCACGAACGCGACUCGUCGGACGAGGAGCAGGCGCUGGAGGACUGGGUGGCCUCGGAGACGUGGGCGCUGCCCCGGCCGCGCUGGAGGGCGAUCCCGGCGCUGCGGCAGCGCCAGCUGGGCGGCUGCUCCCGCUUCGUGGCUCAGGCGUGCGGGGCUCGGCUCUUCGUGCAGAAGUUCCGGCUGCAGCACGGCCUGGAGGGACACACGGGCUGCGUGAACACGCUGCACUUCAACCAGCGCGGCACCCGCCUGGCCAGCGGCAGCGACGACCUCAAGGUGCUCGUGUGGGACUGGCUGAGGCGCCGGCCCGUGCUGCAGUUCGACAGCGGCCACAAGAGCAACGUCUUCCAGGCCAAGUUCCUGCCCAACAGUGGUGACUCCACGCUGGCCAUGUGUGCCCGGGACGGGCAAGUGCGCGUGGCCGAGCUCUCGGCCACCCAGUGCUGCCGCAGCACCAAGCGUGUGGCACAGCACAAGGGAGCCUCGCACAAGCUGGCGCUGGAGCCGGACUCGCCCUGCACGUUCCUGUCUGCGGGGGAGGACGCCGUGGUGUUCACCAUCGACCUGCGGCAGGACCGGCCCGCCUCGAAAUUGGUGGUGACCAAGGAGAAGGAGAAGAAGGUUGGGCUCUACACCAUCUUUGUCAACCCUGCCAACACCUCCCAGUUCGCCGUGGGCGGCCGGGACCAGUUCGUGAGGGACUGGGACCAGUUUAAUUCCCAGGAAAAGGGGCUGGAUCUGAGAUUUUUCCCAUUUUUCCAGGUGAACAGCGAGUCCAAAGCCAACAUCACUUGCCUGGUCUACAGCCAUGAUGGCUCAGAGCUCUUGGCCUCCUACAACGAUGAGGACAUUUACCUGUUCGACUCGGCGCACAGCGACGGCGCGCAGUACAGCCGGCGCUACAAGGGGCACCGCAACAACGCCACGGUGAAAGGGGUGAAUUUCUACGGCCCCAAGAGCGAGUUCGUGGUGAGCGGCAGCGACUGCGGCCACAUUUUCCUGUGGGAAAAAUCCUCCUGCCAGAUCGUGCAGUUCAUGGAAGGGGACAAGGGUGGAGUGGUGAACUGCCUGGAGCCUCACCCUCACCUCCCAGUGCUGGCCACCAGUGGGCUGGACCACGAUGUGAAAAUUUGGGCACCCACGGCCGAGUCACCCACGGAGCUGAAGGGCCUCAAGGAGCCCUUCCCGCUGGAGUUUUUUUCCCCCCUGGGGGUCCCUGUCCCUAUUUUGGGGGUCCCCAACCCUUCCUGGGGGCGUCCUGUCCGUACCGUGGGAUAA